AUGAUUGUGUUCUCAGGGCUCUGCACACCGUGUUCCUGCCUCUCUCAUCAGUAUCACUUUGUGAACAUAGAGAAGAGCUGGACUGAAGCACAGAGUUACUGCAGACAGAACUACACUGACCUGGCCACCAUAGACAGCACAGAGGAAAUGAACAGCCUGAUGGAAGCUGUAGGCAGUGCUGAUGUUAAAGAAUAUGCCUGGAUAGGACUGGAGAGGGGAAGCUCCUGGAAGUGGCAGUGGUCUCUGGCGGACCCAGGUUUCUACAGACAGGGGGAGACUGAGUUUAGGAACUGGAACACUGGACAACCAAACAACUAUGGAGGGAGACAGAACUGUGUAGGAAUGAGAGACAGCGGCAAAUGGAAUGAUCUUCCGUGUGAAGAUUCAACUGACGCUGGAUUCUUCGUCUGUUAUCAUGGUGGAGAGCGCAGUAACCAGAGUUACAUACGGAUUAACGAAAGUAGCAAGAAUUGGACUGAGGCUCAGAGAUACUGCAGAGAGAAACACACAGACCUGGUCAGUGUGAGGAACCAGACUGAGAACGAGGAGGUAAAGCGCUUGUUACCAGCCAGUACAUGGGUGUGGAUCGGCCUGUACAGAGACUCCUGGAAGUGGUCCGACCAGAAGAACUCUUCAUUCCGCAACUGGAGUUCAGGAGAACCUAAUAAUGCAGGAGGGCAGGAGAGCUGUGAGACUCAAACCCCGCCCCCUCAGAGACAGGCCUUCAGUCCAGUACAGGUGCGGAGGAAGCUGAUUGAGAAGGGCAUGCCAGAGGACGUCAGAGUGAUGUGGAAAAGACAGCCAAACGGAGACGUGUUCCGCGUGGAGAAAAGAAAGAAGCCGUAA